AUGGAAGCUCAGCACGUAUGUUUACUUUUACAUUGUGAAGUAAGAUGGUUAUCGCGAGGUAAAGUUCUAAAUCGAAUUCUGGAACUUAAGAAUGAAUUGUUAAUGUUUUUUCAAAACGAAGGUAACACUGUUUUUAUAUCUUUUCUUACAGACGAUAUUUGGUGUGUUAAAAUGGCAUAUUUAGCUGAUAUUUUUAAUUAUUUAAAUAGCGUAAAUGCUGGUAUGCAAGGUAAAAACGAAAAUAUUCUAACAUCCACGGAUAAACUGUUAACAUUUUUCAAAAAAAUACGGUAG